ACGGAAAAAGACCACUGCCCGACUGAGGAAUUGAACCCCAGACCUUCCGAUUACCGGUCGGACGUACUGCCAUUACACUACCGGGCUGUCUUCUUCCGUCUUAGGAUCUCUCCAGGAUCCUAACAAGGACGUUUGCAACAUACGUUAAUACAUAAAGUUUUGAGUUUUUUCAAAGAAUACAGAUUAACCAUAAAAAGUCUAGUUACAUAGUUUGAUAGUUCUUUUUGAGGACUAUCGUAUAGUAUAGAAAUAUUUUUGCAGUCAACCUCUUUUGCCAAAAAUGUUAUCAAACUGAUUUCAACCCAAUAUUCUCCAAGAACAAAAUUUUAAAUUUUGGCUAAAAUAAUUGCUAAUUAUUUUUAUAUAUAUUAUUAUGUGCAUUGGAAAAGUUGAAGACGAUCGUGUUUACACAAGCGGUUGUUCGAGUUGAUCUUUUUUCGUCAAUACGCUUUUGUGAGCCUUUUCUAUCUAUGACUCAAAAUCUAAUAUGAAAGUUUCGUAUUAGGUUUUGAGUUGCUGUUUCGUACGAAACAGCAACUCUUAUAAUUUAUACCAAUGUUUAUUAAUUUUUAUCAAUUUUCAAAAAAAAUCAUCCUUACUGAUCUUCUAUAGUGUGAUGGUAUGCUAGAAUAGAAGCAGACAGCGCGAAAUAAGAUUUUCUGAUUAAGGUACCAGAUAGAUAAACGUAGACGUACAGCAGAAGAUGAAAUCUGUUUGUCGGUGAGUUUGUUUUAACAACAUCAUUGUAUAAUUCAGAGUGAGAGAGUUUUGUGGAACUGACAAGGAGAGGACAUCAAGUGUGAAAUCGCUUUUUUUUGAAAAUCUAGUGGACAACGAGUAAUCGACUAUGCUGAAUCCGAAUAUGACAAUCAUUUUGGCAAUAGGUCCCCAGAGACCGAUUUCUCCAAAACUGGUUUUCAAGAAACUCUUAAAAAAUAACCAAAACGUUUCUUAAUAAGCGAAGACUAUAGCCCGGAGAUAUCUAAUUAAAAUGAGACGUCUCCCGGCUGUACACGACCUUUCUUUGCAAAAUUAUAGAAUUUACAAGAAAAACCCUAAAUUUAGUUCUUCUUCUGUAGGUUUGGGCUGGCAAUGAACUUAUUAGGGCUUUUCUUUUUUUUAAUUAGGGCUUUUCGUGUAAAUUCUAUAACUUUGCAAAGAAAGGUCAUGUAGAGCUGGCAGAUGUCUCAUUUUAAUCAGAAAUCUCUGGUCUACAAUCAUGACUUGAUUUUAUUAAUCAAGAAAUAUUUUGGUUAUUUUUUAAGAGUUUCUGGAAAACCAGCUUUGGAGAAAUGCGGUUUUUGGAGACCUAUUGGUCAAAAUGAUUACCAUAUUCGGAUCCACCAUAGUGGAUUACCCGUUGUCCAUUUUUUUCGAAAAAAAAGUGAUUUCAAACUUGGUGUUCUUUCCUCAUGAGUUUAAAGAAUUGUGCUUGUAAAGAAAAAUUUUGAGUAAUAAAAUACUGUUAUAUGUAAUUUUUCAUUUUAGGAAUAUCAUCCCAUGGAUUCUUUGAUGGAGAAUGAACGUUCACCAUCUGCUACUCUUAAAUUGUGUGAAUUAAAUAUAAGAUUUAGUAAAGAAACUAGUCCUAAGAAAAAAACAGCCCUUAUUCAAUAUAUAUUCCUAAGGUCACCGUAUUUGAAGAAACUAGCUUUGAAUAUAAAUAAUUUAGAAUAUUUUUUUGGAAAUGAUCAAAAUAAUUUCGUUAUAUUUAAGAACAUAAAACAUUUAGAAUUAACGAAACCGCGUGCUACUGAAUACAAUACAAAUAACCUUGAAAAUAUCAUUACGGUAUUUCCAAAUUUAAAUUAUCUUGUGUUAGGUACAUGUCAUUUUGUGUAUGAUCAAGUCAUACCAUUGAUUACACAACUAGCUAAAAAUUUAAAAUGUCUAAGCAUUUUAUAUAUCGAUAAAUAUUUAUUACGCUCUGAUGACGAAAUAGAUAUGAUCAAAUCAAUACCAGUUUUAGAGAAUAAACAAUGUGUAGUAUCGUACCCAAGACGGACUGCACUGGUGAUAUGGCUUUAA